CACAGGCGGCACAGACAUCGUUUUAUGUAUUUUAUUAAAUAGGCUUUGAGAGCUGCACGUGUUGUUGUUGCCAUCACCCUGCCGCUGUUACCCUUCGAGGCUCGCUGUUCUCCGCACCCUUCAGCCUCAGGAUCCACUUCCGUGCUGCUUCUCUCCCUAGCACCCUGACUUCUUCCUUCCCUCUGCCUUUAUACAGCUGUAGCUCCUUAUCAGUGUCUCCCACCCAGGCUCCCAGGCGACUGCAGAUAAGGCCGAGUUUAUCUUCCUACCGCGCCUUCUCCGUCAGCACAUUUCGGUACCGGGGAGCCAGAUUUCCAAGAAAGAAGAAAGCAGAACACGUGUGUUCGGUUUUUUUUUUUAUUGAUGUUGGUUUGGGUUUUUUUUGUUGCUGUUGCUUGCUUUUAAAAAAAAACACGCUUUAAUAUCCCAAUAUUUAUAUCAGCGAAUCUUCCACCGCACUCACCGGAAUAAGCAAAGAGGCGGCGAGCCGCAGCUGCUGCAGCACAGCCCGGUUCUCGGCGAGAGCGGCACGGCUCCCGCAGCGUGACUUACCUCACACCAUCGCUCCGGGGCCCGGCCCCGCCGCUCCCGACCGCCGCACCGCGACGGGGUCGGCCUCGGCCUCACGCCCAACCCCAAGCAGGAAUCCCCCAGAGAGCAGCGGCAGCGCCCCCUCCGCAGCCGCCAGACCGCCUACGCGAUGGGAAACUCUGAAGAGACCACUUUCCAGCUAAAGAUGGCUGCUGAUACCCCUGUUGAUAUCCUUCAAAAAGUUUUGGAGAAUGAAAUACUUCAGUCAGCCAAGGUUGUGGAAGAACAUCUGGAUGCUGAAAUACAGAAGCUGGAUCAAAUGGAUGAAGAUGAAUUGGAACACCUUAAACAGAGGAGGCUUGAGGCACUAAGAAAGAGCCAACAGCAGAAACAAGAGUGGCUUUCAAAAGGACAUGGAGAAUAUAGAGAAAUCCCAAGCGAGAGAGACUUUUUCCAAGAAGUCAAAGAAAGUAAAAAUGUGGUUUGCCAUUUCUAUAGAGAUACAACGUUCAGGUGCCAAAUAAUGGACAAACAUUUGACUGUAUUGGCAAAAAAGCACAUUGAGACAAAAUUCUUGAAAUUAAAUGCUGAAAAAUCUCCUUUCUUGUGCGAGAGAUUGCGCAUCAAAGUAAUUCCCACUCUAGCACUAAUAAAAGAUGGAAAAACACAAGACUACGUUGUGGGCUUUACUGACCUUGGUAACACUGAUGACUUCACUACAGAAACCUUAGAAUGGAGAUUAGGCUGUGCAGACGUAAUUAAUUACAGUGGAAACUUGACGGAGCCACCUUUUCAAAGUCAAAAGAAAUACGGAACAAGCUUUACAAAGCUGGACAAGAAGACCAUCAGAGGGAAGAUAUAUGAUUCAGAUUCUGAUGAUGACUAGAAGAGCCGCUAAAUAUAUUUGUAAAUCAUCUUUUGUUUAUGCGUAGUACAUUUCUAAGAAUGUUUUUUAUAAAGCUUACUGCUUUUCAUUACAUCUGCACAUAAUUCUCAUUUUUCUAUACAGUUUUAUACAGCUGAGUCACAACAGAAAAAAGCUUAAGUAUUUUUUUUCCUCUUUUGGAAGUCGUUUAUAAUUUGAAAAUCUUAGUCCUUCUAACUAAACGACGUGGCAAAUGAUGAACUUAAGCCCUUUGUCUUAAGUAUAAGCUUAUGAAAUGUUUUGAAGUAACUUAGAAACAGCUGUAUGAAGUCAGACCAAAGGUCCCUCUGGCCCAGGAUCUGGUCUCAGUGGCUAAAAGGAGAUGCACAAGGAAGAAUGAAAACAGGGUCCAGAUAGCAAUGCUUCCCCACAAUCUACUUUAAGCAGUGUAUGGCUUGGGGAACACCAUGUCUGAGAGCAUUUGCUGCUUAAAAUAAUGGAAGAAAAAUUUCUUUAAAUCCUCUUAGUAUCCAGGCAUCCACAUCAUGUGGCAAGGAGGCUACAGUUACACUGUGCUGUGUGAGGAGCUACUUCAUAUUGUUUUCAUUGAAUCUGACAAGGGGUUUUUUUUCGUUUUUCUUUAUUAAAGAAGGUAACAGGCACUUUUUAAAAAAAAAUAUUUUUUUCUCUCAGUUCCUCUUUCAGUUGUCUUUUUAAAUUUAUUUUUACUUACAUUAUCAGUAAAGCACCACAAAAUUAUUAGUAAAGAAAUUGUGUAUUUUAACAAACAAUUGUUAUCUUAUGGUGCCAUAUCAUGCCAUUGAAUAAAUUAACUGCAUUGCACUAGAAGUUGUAAAAGCAGUCAUAACUUCUGAGAAUUCUGAAAUAAGAGAAAUUAUUUUUCCCCUUUUACCAUCUACGAAUGCUGCAUGUUAGAGCUGAUACAGCAGGUAAUAGCACAUAGCAACAAGCAUUUUGAAAACAGCCUUGUUCACAGGUUUGUAUCAUUCUGUGGUUGUGAAUGUGUGGAUUUUAUAGCAGAUGCUUUGUACAAGAGAGUAGAAUAGAGAAAAGUAUUUGGGAGAAACCUUGAUUGUUAAGUUUAGAUAUAGUGCUGCAUACUGUGUACUGUUCUUCAGUUAUGGACAGAAUUUUUAAGAGAGAUCCUCCUUGGACACAAUGUAAAAUUCCUGGCUAGGUGAACAGUUGAUGAGUUUUCUUUUCAUUUUCAAAAAAAUUGUUUGCUUUUUGCUGAAGGACCCUUUUGAGGUGGUACUUUGAAUGCAGUUGGUCCAAAAAGCAGUGAAGUGGGUCUAACCAGUCUUGCUGCCUUGUAAUAGAGAACACUUGUGAUUGGGCCAGCCCAGCAAUAUAUCUCUUUAAGUUUAGAAAAUUAUAUUUUAUUUCUGUUCAUGUACAUUGAAAUAAAAUUAUUUUCAUUCUAA